CUUCCCCCCUUAAAAUGCUCCUCCUCUCAUUGUCACUCUCCUCGUCCUCCUCCCUCUGCAUCCUCUUCUCUCGUGAGCGCACCUCAUCACUCUUUGCUUCUCUUCCCAUAUGGUAGAGUGAGGUAGUGGUGGAGGAAAUGGACUUAGGUGGGGUGGUGGGUAUGGAAGGUGUGGUGAGUGCUGCCUCUUCUGAGUUUGGUGGUCUCUUCUCCUCUCCCCCGGUCUCCUCUCACUCUGAACUCAAGCAAAGGGGGGUCUCUUGCUCAGGUGGGAGGUCUGGUGGCUUUGAGGAGAAUGAAUGGAGGUUCUCCAAGAUGGCCAGGACUGAGGCAAUGUUAGCACCAAGCAUCACCAGGGGAGCUGACCCCCUCCAUAGAUCCAACUCCCAUUCCCUCUUCCCUGAGGGGGGGCAAAUGCUCAGCUUCUCAUCAUCACCAUCCUCCAAGCCGGAUGCCUUGGCGCUCACCAGUGAUGGAACCUUGCCUUACUACCAUCACCCAUCAUCAUCUUCUUCUACACCUUCUUAUCUCAGGAAUGCAGGCUUGGGUUCUGGAUGCGUAAAUGUGAACAUGGAUGGGGUUUUUUUGUCAAGGGUGAGGGGGCCCUUCACUCCAUCCCAGUGGAUGGAGCUGGAGCAGCAGGCAUUGAUCUACAAGCACAUUGAUGCCAAUGUGCCCAUACCGCAUAGCUUGCUUAUUUCGAUCAGAAGAAGCCUCAAGCCUGGGUUUUCUCCCAUCUCAGCCGGAUCUUUUGGUUCCAGUGCAUUGGGAUGGGGAUCAUUUCAUCUGGGAUAUUCUGGAAAUGUUGAUUCAGAGCCUGGUAGAUGCCGUCGAACUGACGGAAAAAAAUGGCGGUGUUCGAGGGAUGCAGUUGCCGACCAGAAGUACUGUGAGCGACACAUGAACCGGGGCCGCCAUCGUUCAAGAAAGCAUGUGGAAGGCCAUACUGGCCAUGCCGCUAAAGCUAUCCCCAUCAUCCCUACUUCACAAUCAGCUUCAGCUGUUUCUGCUGGCAGAUCAUCUAGUAGCCUCACCAUUAUGCAGCAGCAGACAAAAAACUUGCAGUCGAAUGCAACUGAUCCUUGCCCUGCACAGCUCAACAGGAUGCUGAUAAGCAAAGAGAAUGUAAACGAUCAUGUGCAGGACUCUCAGGACCUCUCCACACUAAAUUCUAUGAACUCAAAACCUAUGAAUACCUUGUUUCCCAUCUCUAAACAACAAGAUCCCUUUGAAGUAGACUCAUCCCAAGGAGACUUUGGACACAUUACCACUGAAAUCAUUCUCAAUCCUUCAAGAAGCUCCACACAGAAGUUCAGCUUUAUACCUACUCCAAAACUCAGUGACCAACGACCCAAAUGCCAUCCUCUUCGGCAUUUUGUGGAUGACUGGCCUAAAAACCAGUCUGACCGCUCAACCAUCAUGUGGCCAGAUGUUGAGGAAAUGCAGUCUGACAGAACCCAACUCUCCAUUUCAAUCCCUAUGGCUUCCUCAGCCUUCUCAUCAUCAUCCUCUUCUCCUAACCAUGAAAAGCUUACACUUUCACCCCUUAAGUUAUCCCGGGAUUUCGAUCCCAUUCAUAUGGGUCUAGGAGUAGGAGGUGUUCUGAAUGAGGUGACCCAACGACAAGCAAGUUGGACACCUAUCUCCUGGGAGGCCUCCAUGGCUGGACCUCUAGGGGAAGCCUUGACCAAUGCAUCUAGCACUCCAAAGGACCAAAGCAAGAACUGCUCGUCAUCAUCUCUAAACCUCUUGACAGAUGGCUGGGAUUCGAGUCCUUGGUUGGAGUCAUCGCCAACAGGUGUCCUGCAGAAGACCAACUUUCGCUCGCUAUCCAGCAGCACUGGGAGCAGCCCCAGAGCAGAGAGUCACAAGACUCACAAUAGCACUGGCAGCUUGUGUGAUGACCUCCUUGGUUCAAACCUCUUAGAUCCCCCAAACAUCCCCUCACUGUAGGCUUCUGACUGAGAAACAAGGAGUACAAGAAGACAGCAACAAGAAGGAACUACUCAGAAGUGGACAGAGAAGGCUUGGGAAAAGGAAAUGCAACAGGGAUUGUUGAAAGUUAGUUUUAGUUUGAAGUUUGCAACCCAAGAACAUGAACCUUCUGGUUUUUUUGAGUUUGUUAAUUUGAUCCAUUCUGUUCUUUAUUUUUUCUUUCAUCUUUUUGUUCUGUUUUACUCUGUCCUGUCCAUAUACUUUAUGCAUGGUUUGUGAAAAAUCACUGUAGUUGUGCUGGGAAAUGCUUUGUGGCUUGUGCUUGUUCCGCAGCCAUGUGUGAGUGGGGGUGUUAAAUUUGGCAGGAUCAGACUUGAAAUGAACAUGACAUCUUGUUUAA